AUGAACAUCCUAAUUAUCGGAGCUAUUUUACUCAGCACCCUACUCAGAUCCUGUCUUGCACAAUCUGCUCGCAACCCCGAUCUCUGUUGUGCAGCUCUCAACACCAGCACAAUCGGUAGCAGAGUAGCCUUCCCCGGUAGUGUUGCAUACGAACAGUCCCUCUCUUCCUACUACUCCCUCAACGCCCGGCUACACCCCACCUGCAUUGUUCAACCUCUUUCAGCACAGGAUGUUUCCGUCGCUGUUCGAAGACUGACUACGUCGACUGCGGCACCGUGUUUGUUCGCCGUUCGCAGUGGCGGCCACACGCCAACCGCUGGCGCGGCCAACAUCGAGCCCGGAGUUACUAUUGAUCUCUCGCUCAUGAAUCGUACUACAUAUGACCCAAGUACAGGCACUGCUUCAAUCCAAACUGGAGCUCACUGGGGUUCAGUGUACAACACUUUGCUGAAAAGUAACGUUACAGUUGCGGGUGGCCGUGUAGCGCCGAUCGGAGUCGGGGGCUUCCUGACCGGCGGGGGGCUUUCGUUCUACGAUGCGCGUGUUGGUCUCAGCUGCGACAAUGUUCAAAGCUUUGAGGUGGUCAUGGCGAACAGCGAGAUUGUCUAUGCCAAUCGAAACUCACAUCCCGACCUUUUCAAGGCUUUGAAGGGGGGCUCCAAUAACUUUGGUAUUGUGACCACGUUUGACAUGGAAACCUUGCCUGCAGAAGAUCUGUGGGGUGGCCUUCUUGUGUACAAUGUCUCCAACACUCCGGAGUAUAUCUCUGCAGCGACAGAUUUCACCGAUAGAAUUCCCACCGACCCUCAUGGUGCGUGGUAUGGCAUUUUCAACUACAACGGCGCAAUGGAUCGGACUGAUAUUGUCGCUAUGUUGGCUUAUACAAGACCCGUGAUGCGGCCUGCGGUAUUUCAGAAAUUCUACCAGAUUCCUAAUAUCACGGAUACAACCCGGAUAUCUACGAUUGUGGACCAGACCAGAUAUGCUUAUAUACCUUACCGCAUCGACGGUCAAACUAGCACCUAUCUUAACAGAGCCGACAUAAUUCAUCAAGCCGUCCAAGUCUUCUUCAAGCAAAUCCACAGAACAAGAUCUCGAGCCCGAAGCAAGGACUUUGACAUUGUCUUAGUGGUGCAAGCCUGGGUUCCUCUUUUCUGGAAGGACAGCGAGGCGCGAGGAGGGAACGCGCUUGGAUUGGAACGAUUCAAUAAAAAUAUGCUCAAUAUCAUCAUCAGUUACGCAUGGAGCGACAAGGCUGAUGACAGCCUCUUUCAUGACCUCGCUGGAUCUGAGCGGGCAGAGCUAGACGCAUACGCUCGUUUGACAGGUGCAUAUAACGAGUACAUCUAUCUGAACUAUGCCGGACGCACCCAGGACCCUCUUCGUGGGUAUGGACCGGACAAUGUGAGAUUUAUGCAAGCGGUCGCCAGGAAGUAUGACCCCGAGGGAGUGUUUCAGCAUCAGGUCCCGGGCGGAUUCAAGCUCUCCCGAACUCACGGGCUUGAUUGA